AUGAUCACCUCUGUCUCUCGCAACGCUUUCAAGCGCGUCAUUGCACGCCCCUCGACCUCUGCGCUGGGCGCGACGCCCCGCUUCUACUCGAGCACUAUGCACGAUAACGACCCUGAUGUUCUUGAGCAAGAGAAGAAGCGUAACUUGAGCAAGGAGCAGCACAAAACCUCCACCCCUCAUCCGGACCACGCACCUGGUUGGAACGAGAACCUUGCCAGUGCAUCUGAGGCAGCCAUCAAGGCUGACCAGGCCGGUGUAACCCCUGGAGACCUGCAGGAGAAGACGGUCAAAUACGUGAAGGAGCGCCACCACGCAACAGACUCGGCAACGACGACUGAGCCUGGAGUAUCGACGUCGCGGAUGGCACACACCAGCUCGGGCGAGGCGUCGAACAAACGCGACGAGAUCGACGGUCCCCUCAAGACUGCCCACGGCACGAAGAGCACGUAA